AUGGCAUCCCCUGCUCAGCAUUUUCCCAACCGCCCUCAGUUCUCGGACUUCAUGAAGCCAUGCCGAUUUGAGGGAGAGGUUCAAAAUCUAGAGGUGCAUGGAGAUCUUCCAAAUGACAUUGACGGUACUUUCUACCGUGUCAUGCCCGAUCCUCAGUUGCCUCCUUUCAUUGACGAUGAUCCCUGGUUCAAUGGAGAUGGAAAUGUCAGCGCAUUCCGCAUCAAGGACGGUUCUGUGACCUUCCAGCAGAAAUACGUUCGCACUGAGAAGUUUGUACGCGAGAGGGAAGCCCGCCGCGCGCUCAUUGGUACGGAUUUUCUAACCUACGUGGCAUCUAUUUUCCAAUUUAGAUACAUUAUAGAGCGGGCUAACCAUUUUCAACCAGGGAAAUAUCGAAACAAGUUUACUGAUGCGGUGGAAUUCACCGUUAGAAGUACUGCCAAUACCAAUGUUGUCAGUUUUAACGGCCAGCUCUUGGCUCUUAAGGAGGACUCCCCUCCAUAUGCGAUGGAUCCAGAGACCCUGGAAACAAAGGGCUUGUAUACCUUUGAUGGCCAGCUCCCCAGCGUAACUUUCACUGCCCACCCUAAGACCGAUCCAGUGACAGGAGAAUUGGUCUGUUUCGGUUAUGAAGCCAAGGGAGACGGCAGCCCCGAUAUUUGUUAUUAUACUAUUGGCUCUGACGGUAAGUUCACCCAGACAGUUUGGCUAGCAAGUCCUGUCUGUGGAAUGAUCCAUGACUUUGCAGUGACGGAGAACUGGGUUCUUUUCCCUGUGAUUCCCCAGUUAUGUGAUCUGGAACGAUUGAAGCAGGGUGGAGAACACUGGCAAUGGAGCCCUGAAACUCCCUUCUAUAUCGGAGUGAUUCCCCGCUACGGAGCUAAGCCCUCGGAUGUUAAGUGGUUCACAUACAAAAAUUCAUUCCCCGGCCAUACCGCCAACGCCUAUGAGCAAGAUGACGGGAAGAUUGUCUUCGAUCUCGGACUCAGUGACAAGAAUGUCUUUUACUGGUGGCCCGAUGCUCAGGGCAACUCGCCUAAGCCUAGCAAGAUCCACUCUCAAUUGACACGGUUUACUGUGGACCCUAAUGCGGAAGAAGGACAUCUCCCCGAGCCGGAGGUUUUGCACGAUGGAAAUUCUGAAUUCUAUCGCAUUGAUGAUCGGUUUUCGGGAAGAAAAUAUAGCCACAGUUACUUUGAUCUCAUGGACCCAGGCCUGGGAACGGACUUUGCAGCUAUUGCCCCGGUCAUGGGCGGUGGGUAUCCUCCUUAUAACUCGCUGGCACAUCACGACGAAAGCACAGGCAACACGGAAGUUUACUUCCCGGGACGCACACAUCUCGUGCAAGAACCCGUUUUCAUUCCGCGUGCGGGCUCUACGGAGGAAGGUGAUGGAUACUUGAUGGCAUUGGUAAACAACUAUCGCACCCUGUCCAGUGAGCUGCAUCUUCUAGAUUGUCGCGAUUUCACCAAGGCCCGGGCGAUCAUCAUGCUUCCUUUGAGACUCAGAGCUGGUCUACAUGGCAACUGGGUUAACAACAACUAG